CUUUAGGUAGGUCAUACAAAUUCAGGGUCACUCUUAUAAUGAUGAUUUCCGGGAUCUUAUAGUUUCGCAAAGUUUUGAGUUAUUUACUGUAGACGAACUGGACUUAUUUGUCAUAUAUAAAAAUAAAUAUUUAAUGGCUGUUUCGAAAUCGGUAUUUCUGAUUCACAAUGACUAGUAAUCAUAAGCCUUCUGGUGAUAACUAUAUGGAUUCGAUGUGUAUAGGAAUUUCAAAGAUACUGCAUCAGAGUCAUUCUGACGAGAAUCCUUCAUCUGUUGAUGUUUCACGUCCUUCAGUUUCUAACGAUAUCGAUAGUGACCCAUAUUUCCAAAUUCACGAGGCUUCACGCACUACUGGAAUGUUAGACAUUAGUCCGAAAUGUAUGGUGAAGGAUUCUAAACAUGGAAUUCGUCUUAGUAGUCGAAGACGCGGUUCAGAUAUCAGCAAAAAGGCUGUCUUUGUCCAACCUCAUGAUGGAAAGUUGUUCAAAGUUGUGUCAAAACACAGUAUGAAGAAAGCAAAACCUCCCGAUAUUAGCAAGGAAGUUGCUCAAUGUCGAGAGUCCCAUAACGACUACCUUGACUUUUCUAAUAUGAAUCUUCAACAGAUUCCAAAUGCAAUUUUCAAAGAUUUAUCCUUUAUAAAAGAUUUAUUCCUGUAUGGUAACAAAUUAACCACAUUACCAAGCAGUAUCAGUCAUUUGACAAAUCUAAAACGACUGCUAUUGCAACAAAACUGGUUAACAGCAUCUGGCAUACCAAAUGAAAUAACGAAACUGAUUAAUCUGGAACAAUUAGAUCUACGUUACAAUCGUUUGGAUGGUCCUCUUCCUACAUGUAUAUGUGGUUUAUAUAACUUGGAACAUUUACUUCUAACAUACAACAAAUUAACCCAUAUUGUAGACGAAAUAAAAUAUUUAAAACGCUUAUCUGUAUUGGUUGUAAGCCGUAAUUUGAUUCGACAAGAUUUGCCUAGUUCUAUCGGUGAACUAACGAAAUUGGUAAAAUUGGAUUUAUCCUUUAAUCAUAUCACCUUCUUACCUGACAGUAUCGGAAAGUGUACAUCUUUACGCGAUCUAAAUCUUCAACAUAAUCAACUGACAAAACUACCUGACAGCAUAGGAAAUCUGGUAAACUUAUGUAGAUUAUCUAUCAAAUAUAACCAGUUGGUGGAAAUUCCGGCAAGUCUAGCUAACUGUGUGAAACUUGACGAAUUUAAUGUGGAAAACAACCAAUUGUCUUCACUUCCUAAUAAUUUGCUAUCAUGUUUACAUAAUCUACUAAAUAUCACCCUGUCAAGAAAUUAUUUUACAAACUUUCCCUCUGGUGAUCCACAACAAUUUCAGAUGUGUUAUACUAUCAAUAUGGAUCAUAAUGAAAUUACAAACAUUCCAAAAUCUGUAUUUAGUUUGGCUUCAAAUUUGAUUAAAUUAAAUUUACGUGAUAAUGCAUUAGACAGUUUAAUUGGUCCAGACUUGCAUGAAUUAAAAACCUUAGUUGAACUGGAUUUGGGCUCUAAUCAUUUGACAGAAUUACCUACGGAAAUCAAUAAACUUGUUGCUCUUGAAGUACUACGAUUAAACUAUAAUCAGUUAACUUCUUUACCUGAUGAAAUUACACAAUUAUCGAAACUACGUAUUCUGGAUUUGGAAUCAAACUUAUUGGAAUCUUUACCAAAUGAUUUAUCAGGUUUAACAUCAUUACAAGAAUUAAAUGUUCUAUGUAAUAGAUUAAAAACAUUUCCUGCAAGUAUUGGACAACUUACCAAAUUGAAAGUGAUUAUGGCCGGUGAAAAUGACAUUACUGAUAUACCUGUUGAAAUAGGUAAUAUACCGACACUUCACGACCUACAUUUGAAUAAUAAUCCGAAUUUGAAUAGUUUACCUGCUGAACUCUCACUAUGUGGAAAAUUGAUUAUAUUGAAUUUAGAAAGUUGUCCAUUACGUGCUUUACCUGAACCAAUAGUUCAAGGUGGUUCUGCCAUGAUUAUCUAUUUCCUUCAACAAGUGCUACAGUUACGACGGCAACAAAAUAUCUUAUAAAUACUAACAAGUCAAACGAUUACAUCAAGUUAUUUUGUAUUCAUACUUUUACUUUGCACUUACACACAUAAGUGCCUUAUAUCUUCCCAACUCACUAACUAAUGCCUACUGAUCUAUUCCGCUAAACAGAUUAAUUUAUCAUCUGAAUAUUGAAGUACUCCAGAUAUAUAGAUAUAUAUAACCUUCUUGUUUGUAUUCUGUCUCAGGCUGUUGUGAACAUGUUAAUUCUCAAAGUUUUUUUAAUUCAAAGGAAACUAACCCGUGUAAAACAAAUAAAUUAUUUAUAAUUUCUGUUAAGGUAACCUAGUUUGCGCAUUGUCCUCUCUACUGUAUCAUGUAAUUUCAUGCACUCACAUUCAUUAUUGACUUAUUAUUUUAUGUAUAUACAUAUUUUCUGUGUAACAAGUAGCAUAUGAUAAUAUGCAUAUUAACGUGUCGUAGCUCUAUAGAUCGUUUUACUCAUUUCUAUUGUCCUAGUUCUUCUUCUUCGUAUAAUGUCGACUUUUGACAAGUGAUUAAAAAUAUCGUUCUUUCAUUAUCGUUAUUAAAUGAACUGUUAAUAUUUACAUUAUUGUCUUUUCAAAAUGAUAUAUUUCUUUCUGUUAUUCUAGCUGUUGUUACACUGUGAAAGUAUAUCAUACAUUUAUAUAUAUAGUUGUUGACAAUUUAGUAUCUACAACAUGAGGACUGUAUAUAUAAAAUGAUUUACUUUCGUCAUUAUUAUCAAAAUGUUCAAUUAAUGCGUUGACUUAAAUUUUACCAGUCAUUUUCUUUUGUUUUUCUGUGACUAUUUCAUCAACACUAGUAUUACUUAUUAUUAUUGUUAUUAUUAUUA